CUAAUGCAGGGGCUAACAUGACUACUUUGAAGCGUCACGGAGGAUGGAAGUCCUCGACGGUAGCAGAAGGAUACCUAUAACAAUCGGUGCAAAACAAAACACAAAUUGCAGAAAAAAUACAAGGUUCUAAUGCGUCGGCGUCUUCCAGCACUAUCAGUAGCUGUACCGAUAUGGGAGCGUCUGGUUCCAAUGAACCAACGAAUUUUACAAUGACUUCAAAUUCGAAUAAACCGUUAGCGUUUUCCUUUAAUUUCAAUAUCAACGUGAAUUCUGCUUGUAAUAGUAAUAAAUAAAUAGAAUACUACUUCAUAAUUAUAAUCCAUAACUCACUAGUGAGUUAUGGAUUGUAACACACUAGUGUAUUAUUUGAUAGUUUUCUUGUCUAAAAUGAAAUUAAUAAUGACAGUCAUAACUGUCAUGUGUUGGAUAAAACAAUAAAUUGAUUGUUGGUGCUCAUAUUAUGUAGAAGUAUUUCGUUAUAUUUUGUUAGAAAAGUUUCACCCGUUGUUAAAUUUUUACCUGAAUAGUUUGCAUUUAAAUAUUUUGUAUGAUCAGCUUUAUAUAUUGCGUUAAGUUUAAAAUAUUACCACUCUGCCAUUAACUAUUUCACACAAAAUUCGUCCAAUUUUAGUAAACAAAAUAAAACCCUUUCAGGAUUAAUUACUUUGAUUCUUAAGGUAAUUUAGUCUGCUGCAAGGAUAUUUUAAAUGCAAAUAAGUUUUGAUACAUUAAUUUAAAGUUUUUAUGGAAAUUUGAGUAUUUUAUAAAGUAGACGUUUAAAAAAAAUAUUAUAUUUUAUGGGGAGUAAAGUGACUUUUUGUGGUUUGUCUGUAUUUGCCCUAUAGACUCGCCACAAAAAGUGACACUUUAGCUCCUUAUAAAAAAAUGUACUAUUUUAAUUUAAUUUAAAUUAUUUAUUAUUUUAUAAGGAAAAUUAAUUAAACAAUGCAAUAAUAAUCUAUAGAUAUUUAAAUUUCUAUUGCCCACAUCCAUUUUUGUGGUAAUUUUUAUAAAGAAAAUAUUUGGAUUACUUGCGUCAUUUAAUUUUUUUGAUAUAAAAGCCCGAUUAUGCUUAAACAUCACAUUCAGUUUUAAUUUUAUAAUUAAGUAUCUAUAAUAAGAUUAUAAUAAAAGUUAAAAAUGAAAUUAAUAAUUUUAGUGAGUUGUGUUAUGUGCUUUUCUUCAGUUGCCUUUAGCGCUUCAGUUGAUAAAUCUUUGAUUUUUUUACAAAAAUAUGGGUACUUGGAUAGUACGCCAAUUAGCUCAAACAAAUUUUCUAGACUUAGGGAUGAAAAAAAUUACAGUAAAGCAUUAAAACGCUUUCAAAGGUUCUAUGGGCUAAAUCCAACAGGAAUUGCAAAUACAGAAACUCUUCUAGCCUUGGAUUUGCCACGGUGUGGGGUAAAAGACCCCAAUACAAGUAAACAAACAAGACACAAAAGAUAUACUUUUAUGGACCAAUCAUUGUGGAAAAAACGAGAUCUAACCUACAAAAUUUCAAAAUAUUCAUAUCAUUUAGACAGAAACUUAGUGGAACGUGAUAUAGAGAAGGCUUUCGCGGAAUGGUCGAAGUACACUGAUUUUACUUUUACAAAUUCAAAAAGUCAAAAUGCCGACAUAGACAUUAGAUUUGAAAGAAGAGAUCAUGGUGAUGGAGACCCUUUUGAUGGUCCCGGUGGUGUAUUAGCCCAUUCUGAAUGGCUAGAAUAUAUCCUCGAUGGUGGAAUUAUUCACUUUGACGACGAGGAAAAGUGGAGUUUUAAUGGUGGAGGCCCAAGCUUCUUAGAAACGGCUUUGCACGAAAUCGGUCACGUACUUGGACUCGACCACACCAAUGUGCCUGGAUCAGUGAUGUGGCCUAAAAGUACUUCCCUUACCAAAUUGCAAAGAGACGAUAUUCAAGGGAUACAGAAACUGUAUGGUAUACGAAAACAGGAACUGGUUGGAGAAUAAUUCCUAAACCCAAUCCUACUCGCAAUAUGUUUCCACUUCCGUAUGGGUUUAAUAUUCCAAAUAAUAGAUACAUUUACCAAAGAGUUUCCGGAUGAAUAUGCAUGGAUAAUACCCGAUCAAUUCUCCAAUGGUUUUUUAUUUCUUCUUAUAACUUAAAU